AUGGCAAGAAUAUCCAAAGUUACAAGUUUACCUCACCCAUGGUUCCUAAGUGAAGACUCACAUGUGAACAUGAUAGGCGUAAUGGAACAUUUUCAUAAAUUCAUGCAACCUGGAGAUUACAUCUGCAUCGAAGAUACAAACCCGACGGUACCAGAAAAGGCUGGACAGGGACUUAUCAAGGAGCUGGGAUACACAAUGAGUGGAAGCUCAAAACUGAACGACCUCAAAAGAUUUCUGAUGGACCAUCCAGGCAAAUACGUGGUCGAUCAAAAAUAUACCGAUUUUUAUGGAUACAAUGUCACUUUCAACACCAACGGCUUCUUAAAACGGGUCUAGGUCUACGGACAAUUUAAAUCGAGGAUUCAAAGCUGAAGGCAAUGUGAAUUGUAGCCUUGAAUAAGGCAUUAAACUCAGUUCCGAGAAAAUAUUAACCUUUUUUUUCAGUGAUCAUUGGGCGUAUUUAGAGGGGAAUAGUGACUCUCGUUUUCUAGGACCUGCCUCAAAGAACGAACUCCCAAUGAAAGCUUCUUCUACUUCAUUUUAAUCGUCGUUUUUCUUUAUCGUUUCUGUCGUCCUCGAAUAGCAAUACACCGUAACAGCACAACAAUAUGAAAUUGAGAUAGUAGAGCUCGAAGCUGAGAUUUGUAAACGUAUUAAUGUCAGUUGAGCACGGUAAAAAAAGACAAAAAAGAACAUAAAACAUCAGGUGCGGAUUUUAAAAUGCGAAAGAAAAAAUCCCAAACUUUUAUAAGAAAUAUUAUUUUUGAGAAGUAGUAGUUACACUGGAAAGUGAAAGUGGAGUUUUGCAAUAAUUGACAGUACUGUGACCACGAACUAUUAGAAUUCCAAGCAGUCAAUAGAAUCUCUAAAGUUUGUUAAAUAAAGUGGGUACGCCCUAAAUGUCAUGGAAAAUACCGCUGCACAUCACGACAUCCAACACCAAGGGUUGGAACUAUUUUCAGAUCCAAACAUUCCGUAACAUCCGUAAACCUUGAAGAAUGUAGACAUCCAACCUCGGGCGGGAAGAUGAGAGACCCUGGGAACAAGGUUGGUUGGUAGACACCUCCUAAGACGUGCGUAAUCGUGCCUUUUCUUAUCUCGAUUGCGCUUUUUACAGUUGUUUACGUCGCCAACAGAGUAUUAACUACUGAAAUGAAUUUCAUCUAGCUGGACAUUCCUUCAUUGCACUGUACUUAUUCAGGCUAUUCUCAUUUGGAAGAGAAAUUAGAUCUGCUUUUCUAGGUAUGCGACAACUCGCUUUCUCUUUGAUUAACUGACUUAAGAAUUGAUUAAUGUAUAGUGUGAGUACAUCGAGGCUCGGACUCUA